AUGAUCUUUUCGGAAGAAGAUAAGCUUGUAUUUCGCUUCGAUGACCAUCUCCUCUGGAUCCAACCCUGGGGCGAUAAUGCCUUGCGUGUGCGAGCUACGAAGCUCGCAUCCAUGCCAACAGAGGACUGGGCUCUUCUAUCCAAACCCAGCAGUCCUCGUCGUCCCAUCAUAGAUGUCCCUACGGGAGGAGAAGCAAGUAUCACGAAUGGAAAGAUCAAAGCGACUGUUUCACCACUAGGCAAGGUCAUUAUCUACGAUUCGAACGGGACUAAGCUCCUCGAAGAGUAUGCCCGGCACCGACGAGACCCGCGCGAUCCUAAAUGCAGUGCAUUGGAAAUCGAAGCGCGCGAGCUCAGGCCCAUUCUCGGCGGGGAUUAUCAUCUCACCAUGCGCUUCGAGUCUUUGGACCCGAAUGAGAAGAUCUUCGGGAUGGGUCAGUACCAGCAGCCGUAUCUGAAUUUGAAAGGUACGGAUCUCGAGCUGGCGCAGCGUAACUCCCAGGCGAGUGUGCCGUUCGCCGUCUCGUCUCGCGGGUAUGGAUUUCUCUGGAACAAUCCUGCCAUUGGCCGAGCGAUACUGGGCCGGAAUGUAAUGAGUUUCGAGGCACAUUCCACCCGAGCACUGGAUUACUGGGUCGUCGCGGGCGAUACGCCGGCUGCGAUUGAAGAAGCCUAUGCAGGUGUAACUGGAUACGUUCCCAUGAUGCCGGAAUACGGUCUCGGUUUCUGGCAGUGCAAGCUGCGAUAUUGGAACCAGGAACAAUUACUCAAUGUAGCUCGAGAGUACCGGCGUCGGGAAAUUCCUCUCGAUCUCAUUGUGAUUGACUUCUUCCACUGGAAGCACCAAGGGGAAUGGAGCUUCGAUCCGGAAUUUUGGCCGGAUCCCGGUGAGUACAAGUACUUUCGAUCACCUGGCUUCAAUACUGACGUUUACACUGUAGCCGGUAUGAUGAAAGAACUAAAGGAGCUCAAGAUCGAGCUCAUGGUUUCUAUUUGGCCGACCGUGGAAACUGCCUCUGAGAACUAUUCCGAGAUGCUAGAGCGUGGGCUACUUAUACGGCACGACCGUGGAAUGCGUAUUGCAAUGCAGUGCAACAAUGAUAUUACGCACUUUGACGCUACGAAUCCCGAAGCCCGCGAGUUUGUCUGGAGCCAAGCCAAAAAGAACUACUAUGAUCUCGGAAUCAAGGUCUUCUGGCUAGACGAAGCUGAGCCCGAGUACUCUAUCUAUGACUUUGACAUCUACCGCUACCAUGCAGGAAGUAAUAUGCAGAUUGGCAAUAUUUUCCCGAAAGAGUAUGCUCGCGGUUUCUACGAAGGAAUGCAGGCAGAGGGUCAGACGGACAUAAUCAAUCUCCUUCGAUGUGCAUGGGCCGGAUCGCAGAGGUAUGGCGCAUUAGUAUGGAGUGGAGACAUCGCAUCGAGCUGGGGUUCAUUCCGGAACCAGCUCGCAGCAGGCUUGAACAUGGGGCUCGCUGGGAUUCCUUGGUGGACGACGGAUAUCGGUGGAUUCCAUGGUGGUGAUCCUAAUGACCCAGCAUUUCGAGAGUUGUUCACCCGCUGGUUCCAAUGGGGUACGUUUUGUCCGGUGAUGCGUCUUCACGGAGACCGUGAGCCCAAGCCUGAAGGGCAGCCGACUGCCAGUGGAGCAGAUAACGAGGUUUGGUCGUACGGGCCGGAGGUAUACGAAAUCUGUAAGAAGUUCAUUGGGGUGCGAGAGGAGCUGCGGGAGUAUGCUCGAAGUUUGAUGAAACAGGCUCACGAGAAGGGAACCCCAGUGAUGCGUACUUUAUUCUAUGAGUUCCCUCAGGAUCCACGGGCUUGGGAGGUUGAAACGCAGUACAUGUUUGGAUCUCGAUAUAUGGUUGUGCCAGUCAUGGAGCCUGGACAGCGCACUGUCACCGUCUAUCUUCCCGCAGGUGCAUAUUGGACACUCUGGGGUAAGUUGAGCGCGAUCUGUGAGGGUGUUCCGAUGAUCUAUCAGGGCGGCAGGGAAGUUCAGGUGGACUGUCCGAUUGAAACCCUCCCCGUCUUCUACCGUGUGGGCCAUUAA